CGGGCCUUCUUAUAUUUUCUGGCUCUAUUAUGGUGCUUUUUAGCUGUUGCCAUUUUAGCUGAUAUUUUUAUGUGUUCCAUCGAAAAAAUUACCAGUAAAACAAGAAAAGUUCGCGUUGCUGAUUCUUCAGUUCCAGAAGGUUUUAAACAAAUAGAAAUAAAAGUAUGGAAUGACACAGUGGCCAAUUUAAGUUUAUUGGCUAUGGGAACAAGCGCUCCAGAAAUUUUACUUUCUGUUAUCGAGAUUGUCGGAAAUAAUUUCUAUUCUGGAACAUUAGGUCCUGGAACCAUCGUUGGCUCAGCAGCUUUUAACUUAUUAGUUAUAUCAGCUAUAUGUAUGAUGUCCAUCCCAACUGGAGAAAUUAGAAGAAUUAACAACUUCAAAGUGUUCCUUGUUACCGCGUUUUCGUGUGUUUUUGCCUACGUUUGGUUGAUAAUAACUUUGAUUGCGGUCAGUCCUGGAGUCAUUGAGAUAUGGGAAGCCAUUGUUACUCUCUUAUUCUUCCCACUUCUUAUUAUAAUAGCCUUCAUAGCAGAAAAAAAUUUCUGUAUAAAACAGAAACCUAAACGUGAAGACUCUGGUGUUGUGGGAAUAAGUCUGACUCGUGAUGCCGAAGAACAACAAGCCUUAGAAGAACCACAUCAUGGACAUUCUGAUAUGUAUAAGGUGUCAUUCCAGGAUUUAGCAAUGGUAGAAGAUCUUCCAGAAGAAGAGGCUGCUAAAAUAGCUGCCAGGAAAAUUGCCGAGAAUGAGCAUCACAAUUCUGGUUGGUACAGAAUUAACGCUAUUCGGGGUAUGUCUGGUGGAAAACGAGUUAUUCCUACAAUUUAUGAUCGAGUAAAAUUACCAGAAGAGGACGGAGAAAAUGAUUUAGCGAAGACAUUUGACCAUAGUGAAGGGGGAACCAAACCAGUUGUUGAAUUCACUGCUUCAUCUGUAGCUGUUCUAGAAAAUGAGGGCAAGGUUCGAGUUGGUAUCAGACGAUCUGGUAGAAAAGAUGCUGCAGUUUCUGUCAGAGUUGAAACUAUAAAUGGUACUGCUCUAGCAGGGAGUGAUUAUAAACAUUUUGAUGAAGUCAUACAGUUUGGUGCCAAUGAAAUUUUAAGACAAGUAUUUAUCGAGAUUGUGGAUGAUUUCGAAUGGGAACCCGAUGAGUUUUUCUUCGUAAAAUUGGCCAAUGUACCUGAUGAAACACCAAAUUUUGAACUAGGAAAACUUGCCAUUUGUCAAGUCACGAUCAUAAAUGAUGAUGAACCGGGAACAUUAGAUUUUGCUCGACCAAGUAUCGUAGCUAAAGAGAGUUCCAGACUUAUUAGAGUACCUAUACAGAGAACUGGUGGUGCUGAUGGACAUGUAUCAGUCAAGUGGAAAACUAAAGACAUGACGGCGUUUUCUGGUAAAGAUUUUGAAGGUGGAGAAGGCGAAUUAAAGUUUGAUAAUGGUGAAACUAACAAAACUAUUACUAUACCACUGUUUAGCAGUAAUAAACCAGAACGAGAUGAUAGCUUUCAGAUUGAAUUAUUGGAAACUACUGGUGGUGCUAAAUUAGGAAAACUAACAAAAACUAUUGUUACCAUUGUUAAUGAUGAAGGUAGGAUUUUGAAAUGUUAUAUGUUGUCUAGUGUUUUAAUUUUAAACCAACGAUGUGAUGAAAAACUUCUCCUUUUUUCAGAAUUCAAUGGUUUAGUAAGCCGUAUUGUGAAUUUAACAUUUGGUAAUCUUGAUGGCUUAGCGUUAGAUGACGAUUCUUAUAUCAAUCAGUUUAGAAAUGCUAUGAAUGUAAAUGGUGGUGAUAUUGAAUCAGCUACAUUUCUUGAUUAUAUACUUCACUUUUUAACUUUUGUAUGGAAGAUCAUCUUUGCCUUUGUACCUCCUGUUGGUAUGGGAGGUGGCUGGCCAGCAUUCAUCAUAUCUCUCGGACUCAUUGGCUUCUUAACUGCUCUAAUUGGUGAUCUGGCCAGUUUGUUUGGUUGUUUGAUUGGUUUGGAAGACAGUAUCACUGCUAUUACCUUAGUUGCUCUGGGAACAAGUAUGCCGGAUACUUUUGCUAGUAAAACAGCUGCUAUAAUGGAGAGAUAUGCUGAUAGUUCUAUUGGAAAUGUUACUGGUAGUAAUUCAGUAAAUGUGUUUCUGGGUUUAGGUCUUCCCUGGGUAAUUGCGAGUAUCUAUUGGAAUGUUAAGGGCGAGCAAUUCGAGGUACCAGUAGGGUCGCUUGGAUUAAGUGUUGUUUUAUAUACUGUUGCUGCUGUCACUGCACUUACGAUACUUAUAAUAAGGAGAAAUGUUGGUGUGUUUGGUAAAGGAGAAUUGGGUGGACCAGUCCCUGGCAAAAUUGCUUGCGCAAUUAUUUUUGUACUACUGUGGGUUUUAUAUGUUGUUAUUUCAGCUUUGCAAGCUCAAAAAGUUAUC